UGAAAAAAGAGGAGGUUUUGUACUAAAGAAACGAAAGAAAGAGAAGGAGACGUUUUCAGUUCGCAUGGGCUCUCAUCAGCGCGCGAUUUCUCUGUAUUCAGCUCUAAACGGUGGAGUCUUCGCUGUAAUGCGAAAACGAAUCAAGAAUGUCAUCCGAAUUCAAUACAGUCGAAAACCCUAGUAAAUGGCGCUUCACAUGGGAAGCGCAAUCCCAUAUACCAAUUCUACGUUUAUUGCUCUUCGAUUCAUAUACCAAUCCUUCUCUUCGAUGUCGGAAUCUCACGGUUCAUCUCAAUCUCCAGCAGUCCGUCGUUUGUGUGGCUUGGUUUCAAGACCUCCAUAUGUCGAUUCGAGUUCCCAUGCCUCCCGUUUUGGUUGAUGCUGAGUCGCCUCUGAGUUUUAGAGCUUUCCAAGAUCAUAUUGAGGUCAAGCUCGUCUUGCUUCUUCCGGUUGAUCACCCAAUUAUUCUCAACUUCGACAAUGUGCUGGAUUUCUCCCAAGAGCAAGGAAAUAGUCACUCCAAGGCUUCGAAGCCACUUUCCAUGGACUCUGAUCAAAUCAGUUUAUCCCGCAGUGGUGGCGUCCAUUUUUAUUGCAGAAACUGUUCUUUCAGGCUGAGUAAAUCCCCUCUCAGAGAUUUUGUUGAAAUGCCAUCAGUCAACUGGCGAGAGGUGGCUGAUAACUGGUUUGGGUCUUGCUGCUGCUCCUUCGGGGGGAUAAGCGAGAAGCUGGUUACUAGGUACACAAAUUCCUAUAGAUGUGAAAAGGGUGUCUGCCUACUCACUUUAACGACUAUUACUCUUUCCAAGGACGACCUUAUUGGCCAUGUGUUCCCGGAUAAUGAAGGAACCCAAGAAUUCAAGGAUGAAUCAGAUUUCGCUGAUGGUGAUUGUUUAACUGAAGCUAAGGAGGAAUCACCAUGUAAUCAUACGUCUACAGAAAAGGUAAAAUCUAAGCAGAUCAACAAUAAAAACCUUGUUGCAAACAUGGAGGGCAGUGCUGCUAAGAAGGCUAGUGAUGAAGUUGAUUCACCUUUAGUGACUCCAAUUCCUGACUGUUGUCGUCAUGAGGAGAGUAAUGUACUUCAUCAUCUUGAUACGGAUUGCAUGCAUCACACAUGUGGCACAAUUAAGUUAGACCCAAAGCCUAUUAAUGCUGUAGAUAUUUCGGACGAUCAGAGAUCCUUUCUUAAUGGUUUUCUUGGAAAUAUUUUUAUGGCUAGACUGUCAAAUCUUUCAGCAGAUUUUGAGUGGGCUGAGUUCUUUUGCCCCCAGUGCUCAACUCUGAUUGGAGCUUACCCUUGGAGAAAUGGCUGUGGACCUACAGAUGGCGGAGUUCGGUUUUUUAAAUGUUAUGUCUCAACAUGUUUAGCAGCUGAAUCUGGAAAUUUGUUGAGGGAGUACACGUUGGAAAGAAUGUUUGCAAAUCAGCUACUGGAAAGUGCACGUGAAGAAUCAUCAUUUCGUACUGUGGUUAAGGAGUUGAAAACCAAGUCUCCCAUGCUGCACAUUGUUCUCAUCAACUCAAAUUCUUGGUCUUGUAGUGGUUAUUGUUUGGGCAUGGAGGAUACUGCCGAAUUUGUUCCAAAAGUGGACUUGAAUCCAAUCAUCAAGGUGCUAUUUUCAGAUUGCAACAAGAGUGCAGAAUCUCACUUGAGGAAACUUGAAGAGUGGGUGACGAAAGAUAUAGCAGAUGAAGUUUUUAUGUUAGCCCAUCAAGUGGAGAAAUUAGUUGAAAUUCUAGUUUCAAGAAAUGAUACACUUCCAUCUUCAUGUUCUUCCCUUGAUGGUUUAACUUUGACAUCUAUCCUGAGGUAAUGUUUAUUUCAUCUUCUCUGGAUUUCGACAUGGAUAAGUCAAGUUUUUCUAAGAUACAACUUUAUAAAGAUUCUAGCAACAUUGAAGAACUAUUAAUUAUAUAAUGUGCUUCUGUUAUUUGGAGGAGCCACCAACUAAAUUUGUAAAGCCUGAGAUCUGUUUGAUUCAAGCCAUAUUGUGUCACGAGAAACUUCUUAAACGUGCUAGCUUAGUGGAGAGUUUUAUUUUACAUUUGGAGUUAUCCACGUCUUGGAACCUGCUUGGUUACGGCAUUCAUCGUCAAUCAAGAUGAUCAACUGUAAGAUACUUGAUAGUUCAUGUUAGCAUUUUAGUCUGAUUAAAGUGACCUUGUUACAGAAGCAUCCCCACAGCUAUUAGGGGAUGCCAACUAAUUAUGUAUGAACAUUCAAACCUCUUAUUUAUAAGCUGAUGUAGGCCUUAAGGAACCUGUAGAGAGAAUUUUUCAAUGCUCUCUGCUUAACCCCUCUGUACUUGGCACCCAUUUUUAAUCUUCGAGCUUUUAGGA